AAAAAUGUUUUUAUUACAAGUUCAUGGAUGUUACAUUUUGUUAUGAACAGUUAAAAAAAAAAUUACAUUUUCAAUAUUAUAUCUGAGCAUGUAAAACAGCAAUUUACUUUUUUUUGACUGUAGUAUUGUUUAAAUCCAUUUAAUUAUUAUUUUAAGACGGUUUGAUUGUAAUGUAAAUUAUAAGAAACAAAACAAUGAUGUCUUCUAAGAGUGAGUUGAAAAAAUUAUCAGAGGAGAGUUUGACUAGACAACCUGAAGAAGUAUUUGAUAUCAUUUGUAAAUUAGGCGAAGGAUCAUAUGGAAGUGUAUAUAAAGCUUUACAUAAAGAAUCUGGUCAAGUACUAGCUAUUAAACAAGUUCCAGUUGACACAGAUCUUCAAGAAAUAAUAAAAGAAAUAUCAAUAAUGCAACAAUGUGAUAGUCCGUAUGUUGUUAAGUAUUAUGGUUCAUACUUCAAAAAUACUGAUCUAUGGAUUGUAAUGGAAUAUUGUGGUGCGGGAUCAGUAUCUGAUAUCAUGAGAUUAAGAAAAAAAACUUUGUCUGAGGAUGAAAUUGCUACUAUAUUAUCAGAUACUCUAAAAGGAUUAGAAUAUUUACAUUUAAGAAGAAAAAUUCAUAGAGAUAUUAAAGCGGGAAACAUUUUAUUAAAUUCUGAAGGACAUGCUAAAUUAGCUGAUUUUGGAGUUGCUGGACAAUUAACUGAUACAAUGGCCAAAAGAAAUACAGUAAUUGGAACUCCAUUUUGGAUGGCUCCUGAAGUAAUUCAAGAAAUUGGGUAUGAUUGUGUAGCAGAUAUGUGGAGUUUAGGAAUAACUGCACUAGAAAUGGCAGAGGGAAAACCACCUUAUGGAGAUAUACACCCAAUGCGAGCUAUAUUUAUGAUACCAACUAAACCUCCGCCAUCAUUUCGAGAACCAGAUAAAUGGUCACCAGAAUUUAUUGAUUUUGUAAGUCAAUGUUUGGUUAAAAAUCCUGAGGAGAGAGCAACAGCAUCUAAGAUGUUAGAACAUGAAUUUAUCGGUAAUGGAAAACCACCAGAAAUUUUAAGCCAAAUGAUUGCUGAAGCUAGAGAAAUAAGAGAAAAUCAAAAUUUCCGAUCUAAUACAUUAUCUUGUGUAAUUACUUCUGCUGAACCUAAAGAUCAAAUGAAUAAAGAUGAUGAUAUUGAUAGCCGCACAAUGAUUGUAGAUGAAGGCACUCUUAUACCUGAUAAAUUAAAGGGAACAAGUUUGAAAAGUAAUUCAUUAGUUGAAGAAUUGCGUACUAUGGUGAUAAACAGUGAUGGAGAAGAUGACUCAACUAUGAAAAGACAUGAUACUGGACCAGAAGAAUCAGGGAAAAAAUAUAGACCUUUAUUUUUGGAUCACUUUGAUAAAAAAAUUGCGGAAAAAUCUAAACUUGAAAAUUUUGUAGAAAAUAAAUUAUUUAGUGAAAUACCAGGUGCUACUCAAGAUUUUACACAUGUUGAUGACCCUGACAAAACUAUAACUUCAAAUCAGUUUCCUAUACCAUCAAAUAAUUGUAGACCUGAUGGAAAUGUACCAGCUGCACCUCAUAAUAACCGUUAUUAUUCACCUAUAAUAGAAGGGGAUUUUGAAUUUUUAAAAUUUUUAAGUUUUGAUGAUUUACAACAACGAAUGUCUAAUUUGGACUCAGAAAUGGAACAUGAAAUAGAUGAACUUAGACGAAGAUACCAAACAAAACGUCAGCCAAUAUUAGAUGCUAUGGAUCAAAAACGUAAACGACAACAAAAUUUUUGAUGUUUUAUUAUUUACUCAACAUUAUGAAUCAUUUCAAAAAUUACUUUAAAAAUUUGGUGAAAUAUAAGACUACACAUGAGUAAGGUGCUAUUAUAUAUCUUUGCUUUUUUUUAGCUCAGAUAAUUAUUGUAGUAUCAACAUAUCUCACAAUACUUCACGUAGCUUUGAAGUAUUUUGUGAAAUUUUUAUUGUUUUAAUAGCUUUAACAAAAAUCUAAGUCAUUUUUACUAUCAUUAGUAUUAUCAUUAUUGACAAUAAUAUAUUGAGUUAUUAACAUUUUUUAAUUUCAAAA